ACAAAGUUUUGAAUUGCACACAAGUGCAAGCUUAGGUACUUAAGCUUACCCGCCUAAGCUUAGGAACAAUAAGCUUCGAUUGCCGUGUCACAGCUUAAGCCUUUUCUCUACUUAAUUCUUAGUUCAUUGUAUGCCUAGGUAUACUUGAGUUCAAUUUUUGUGUUACUUACAGUUAAUUAUUGAAGUCGAGUCGUGGGGCAAGCCGCCUCAAACUAUGGACACAACUCAGGAAUCAUCCAUCUGUUAACACGCAAUGAGUAUAUAUCACAACGGUCAAUAUGAGUUAUUUGUGUCUUUACCACCAGAGACCAAUGCUUCUUCCCUUUCUUCCUUCUUUCUCGCUUCCCCGCUGCAACCCGGCCUGCGCCAAAACGUAACCUCCAUGGAUGUCGUGUCUCGGAGCUCGAUCGCACAGGCGGCAAUUGCCGGUGGCUGUUUUUUGAUAUAUAUCGCCCAACGCCUCUUCCCCAAAGGUCCGCAAUGGGUUCGCCCGUUCGCCAAGGAAGAGGCGCAUUUGCCUCGAUUUCGCACCAAUCCGUUGAAUUUUUGGACAUUUUGCUUAUUGAUCUCGUCGACCGCCGGGUUUGUUCUGGCGUUUCUUACUGUCAUAUCACCGCCUUUUAAUGUCCUCAGGAUUUUAGAGUUGUCACCAUGGUUUGUGAUACUCUUCAUCACGACCGUCGGUUUACCGAAGAAGACACCGAAGAUCUUAUUGGUCUUGUAUAUCACUAUCGUCGUCUGCGGUUUGGUGUCGCUUGUGGGGUGGUACGGCGAGACGGAACGUGUCAAUAUAGUACACGUUGCUGCAGUAUGUGUGGCGUUAGCCGGCAUAAUCGUCAUCCUUGCGAUGCCCUUGCGAGACCCGGACCUUAAUGCAACAGGUAUCGCGGGGUCUCAUUUCCCACCAACUUCCCAACUCCGCAGCCCUGAGGAUAAUUUGAGCUUAUGGCAAUUUAUGACUGUUUCUUGGAUGAGUCCCUUGAUUACUCGGGGUUAUAGAAACAAAUUGGAUGACGAGGAUGUUUGGUUACUACCUUAUGAUUUUCAGCAUGAGAGGUUGCAUCUAUUGUUUCGAGAUCUAAAGGGUUCCAUAAUAAGGCGUUUGGUUGCAGCAAAUGGCUUGGACUUAUUUAUCAUCACAUUUUUAGGACUUAUAGAGACGGCUGCGAACCUUUCGAACCCUGCUCUCUUGCAGCGCUUGCUACAAUCUAUCGAGAAGGGUCUUGGCCACAGGGACGAAUCUUUUUUCUAUGCUUUGAUUAUCUUAUUGGUGCGUCUUGUGGCGUGCCAAUCGGGUGUCUUUUUGCUAUGGUAUAGUCGUCGCGCGUAUGAGAGAUCGCGUGGAGAAUUGCUUACGGUGAUAUAUGCGAAAACGUUAUCACGAAAAUCAUUUGGGCUUCGAACAGAUUUGGGAGAUCCUGCUCAAGAGAAUGGCCAAGAGAAUGGUGUCGAGCCCGAUGAAGAAACGCCACUCCUUGGUGGGAAGCAACCUGAGAAAACCCGAUAUGCCCGUGUGCUCGAGUUCUUCGGGCUUGGAAAAAUCAAAGAGACGGAGAAAGCCAAGAGCGCACAGGAGCAACCAGCUUCUAUGGGAAAAAUCCUGAACUUGAUGAGAAAUGAUGUUUAUGAGGUAGCACAGCGGUUUUGGGAGUUUCCAAACCUCGUCACGAAGCCUUUGCAAUUAAUACUCUCGCUGGUUCUUAUUUGGCAAUUACUGGGCUGGCCUUGUCUUUUGGGUGUUGCUUGGGCGGUGGUCCUUCAAUUAUUGAGCGCGGCUUUCGUUCGCCAUCUCGUUAGUGUCGAGCGCCGCCGAAGAGCCGCCUCGGAUGUCAGGCUUCAAGCAACCACCCAGUUCGUCGAGGCCAUUCGACCUCUUCGAUGGUAUGAUUGGCAGUCUAAAUGGCUAGGCAACAUUAUGCAUGCACGGGCGAACGAGUUGAAUUUAAGGAUCAUUACCAGCUUGUGGACUAUCGGGAUUGGUGGUUCUAACCUCGCUGCCAGUGCUCUUUUUCCGGUGUUCACUUUCUUUGCGGUAACCUAUAUCGCAGGUCGACCACUACCAGUCGAUGUGGCGUUCCCUGCGCUCCAAUUAUUUACGAUGUUGGAAUCGAGUUUGAAGGAGCUUCCUAACUUAAUUACGGUGCUCUUGAACGCUACUAUUGCAAUUGGACGUCUCGAAACAUUCAUGAACGAACCGGAUAAGGAAGAAGGUGCCUAUAGCGACACCACAUCCGACGUCGAGUUUGGAGGCGCAUCCUUUGCGUGGCCGACUAACGGAAAAAUCGUCCUCGAAAACUUGAACUUGCGUUUUCAACCCGGUCUUACGAUCAUUCAUGGAAAAGUUGGUUCAGGAAAGACGGCAUUGCUGGAAGCUAUUCUCGGCGAGCUUAACCAAGUCAAGGGCGAAUGCACUCUACCAAAUGAAAUGGUAGGAUAUUGCGCACAAUCUCCAUGGCUCCAAAAUAUGAGUAUUCAAGACAACAUCCUUUUUAACUUCCCUAUGGACAGGGCUAGGUAUAAUGAGAUUUUAGAUGCAUGCGAGUUAAUGCCCGACUUAGCCAACUUCGCGCACGGAGACAAAUCUCAUAUCGGAGAGAAUGGAAUUGGCCUUUCCGGGGGUCAAAAGGCACGAGUAGCCCUAGCCAGGGCUGUAUACUGCCAAUCACACAUCUUGCUCCUCGAUGAUCCUCUCGCAGCCCUUGACCAUCCGACAGCUCAAUCGAUUGUCCGCAAAUUAUUCCGUGGAUCUCUCUUGAAAGACCGUACCGUUAUUUUAGUCACGCAUCGGAUUGACCUAUGUUUGUCACUAGCGGACCAGGUGGUUGAGAUCGCAGAUGGGAGGGCGCGUGUUAUCAACCCCAAAGAUUACACUCGAGAAAUUGGCUUGCAUACACCAACGCAAGAUGCUACUAGUGAAGAUGAAGUUCAGGUAGUCACCGAAGAAGUCGCAAAUGCUGCGAUACCGGACAAAUUCAUCGAGGAUGAGAACCGGGCCUCGGGUAGUGUCGUCGCUAGAGUUUAUUGGACAUAUAUAAAGGCAGGAAAACUAUCAUAUUGGGUAGCAGUCAUCGGGAUAUUCGCUCUUUUCCGAUUUGCUCGAAUAUUCAAUUUUUGGUUCCUAAAAGCGUGGGGCGAGGCCUACGAAAGGGUCAAAGUUCAACCCACUUCGAGUCCAUCGGAUUUCGCGGAGGGUAUUUUUGACGGGUUACCGAACCCGGAUGACGAUGUGACGCCUUGGUUGAUGUGGUACGCCAUACUUGGGUUGGCUAUGACUAUACUAUACGUCCUCACUCAAUGCGGUCUUAUGGUUAUUCUAUAUCGAGCGGCCAAGGACUUGUUUGCUAAGGUUAUUAAUCGAGUGAGCAACGCGACGUUCCGUUUUUACGAUGUUACACCAGUCGGACGCUUGAUGAAUCGCCUAACUUCCGACAUUGGAAUGCUGGAUGGUGGUGUCAUUCAACCACUCCAAAAUUUUGCAUUCUGGUCCUUGACAUGGGGGAGCUCCAUGAUUGUUAUCGCAUUAACAACACCAGUAUUUUUCUUAUUUGCGCUUGGGAUGACGAUAUGGUUUAUUGUCCUGUUUAUGCGAUUUUUGCCGACCUCGCAAAGCCUUCGUCGGCUAGAAAUGGUUACACUCAGCCCGCUAAUGUCGAAUUUCGGCAUUCUCGUCGACGGGUUAGCCACCAUUCGGGCUUUCAAAGCGCAGUCUGACUUCCAGAAUCGGAAUAUUAUAGCAACAGAUACUUUCCAGAAAAUGGACCAUUUCUACUGGAGUUUACAGGCGUGGCUUCAAUACCGAUAUGAUCUACUGUCCGGAUUCUCAAUAUUCUUUUUAACCAUCUUGGCAUUAUACCAAGGGCUGUCGCCGGGUCUAACCGCCUUCGUACUUACAAGCGCUUCCCAACUAGUCGAAGCCACGCACGUUUUGUGCAAAACAUAUGGCCAACUUCAGAUGGACUUCGUGUCCGUCGAGAGGGUUGUCGAAUUACUGGACCUCGAACAAGAACCGAACGGGGACAUAGAGCCUUCUAAGGACUGGCCAUCAUACCAAGAUAGCAUCACAUUCAACGAUGUGACGAUUAAGUAUGCGCCACAUCUUGACCCUUCAUUAGUCGGUGUCUCUUUCACGAUCCCUAGCGGGGCGACCUGCGCUGUUCUCGGCCGAACAGGAUCGGGCAAAUCCACAUUGGCUCUUGCUCUAUUAGCGACGAUGCACCCGGAGAAAGGACAAAUUCGCGUCGGCGACGAGGAUAUAUCUAAGGUUGAUGUUCACACAUGGCGCCAACGCAUCAGCUUCGUAGCGCAAGACCCUGUCUUAUUUCCAGGCACGAUUCGGGAGAACCUAGAUCCCCUAGAACAACAUACAGACGAAGAAUGCAAGGAAGCACUACUUCGUGUAUUGGGGCCAAAAUGGUCUCUUAAUUCGAUGAUUGAUAUCGGCGGCAAGAAUUUAAGUCAAGGCCAGCGCCAACUUAUUGGCAUUGGUCGAGCGAUUCUUCGGAAGAGCCCUAUUAUCAUAUUAGACGAGGCGACGGCGUCAAUUGAUAGGAAGACAGCGCUGGCGAUACAAGAUGUGCUGCUAGCGGAGUUGCGGGAUAGCACGGUGAUUACGAUUGCGCAUCGCCUGGAGGCCGUUAAAGAUGCAGAUUACUUUAUUAGAUUGGAUGCCGGACGCGUUGUGGAAGCGGGACCGGCUGGGAAGAAUAAAUAGAUAGGGCAUGGAGGUUGGGAUGAUGUCUAUAUCAAUGGUGUUUAUUAGGGGGCGUAAAGGACGGACUAUAUAGUAGAUUGCAUGUGUGGUAGAUAUGCAUGGCGAAGAACGCCGGAAGAUUGAAUGGUGAGGCAUGCAUGAUGAAUUUGAAUCCCUUCACUCUAUUGAAGAUGAUGCCUAGUAUUAUAUAAUCUGCAUAUUUAUAGGAGUUAUCGAAAUGUUUGGAUUAUUUCAAUAUAUUGAAUCAAGUCACAA